AUGGCUGAGUACAUGGAUGAGCCUGCCGAUCACCGCCUACAUAUUACCACGGCUCCCAUGGAUAUGGAUGACGGUGUUGUCUACGUCAAGUCUCCAACCACCAUGAGUCGCGGAAAGGAAUCUCUCCUCACCCGUGCGCUCAAACACAGUCCGGAACUGAGCCCUGUCGACCCCCAGGAUCACUCAUUCUACCGCUCAUACCACUACGGCAACACCAGUGGAAUAUCGACUGCCGAGUUGACCAGUGACGGCGGUCUUACCAGCCCCUCCUUGUCUAACACACCGAGCCCUCCAUUGUCUCCUCGAUUGAACAGCAGAUCCGAAAAAGAUACGAUAGAGUCGACCGUUGAGGCAGGCCUCGGACGUAAGAGAUGCAUCAGUUUCGCGUGUGGGCGCAAGGUUGAGGGCCAGAAACCCCAACGAUGCACAGCACAGGCACCCACUACCGAGUCUAGGUCUACGGAGCCCACAAAACGGAAAACGAUGCUCACUUUCGUUUGUCCGGCCCGAGACUCCGAUUCGAGAAGAGAACGGUCCCCGCCUCGCAGAACUGCCCUCCGGUCACGGCUUCGUGGAUCUCCCGCCCCUGUUGCGCGCAAGGCAUCUCCCGAGAAAGUUGCGUAUACCCUGGCCAACGUAUGCAAAACUGAGAAACCGUCUGCGGCGAACGAUCAACGGGGCGUUCCCGUGAAAGGUCUCGGCAAGUUCGAAGAAUCUGAAGCGACCCGGUUCCACGAAUUUGCUAGUUCCGGUAGCGAGGAUGAUGAAUGGGUGACCAAGGCUGACGAUUUCACUGAGAAGAUCACUAUGAGUGAUUGUAUGAAGAAAGAAAUUGCUAUCAGAAAGCUUGCUGAAGAAGCUGAGGAGGAAGCUCUUGAAGAGGAUGAGGAGGAAGACGACGAAGAUGACGACGCAGAUUCGACCAUUCACGAUUUCUCCUCGGAUGAUGGCAAUGAAUCUGACAACGAGGCCGGCUUUGCUGAUUCCGAUGAGGAGAGUGAUGGUUCGGAGUAUGAGUUCUGGGCUCCAGCUUCGACGACCGCUGCCACAAGUCCUCAGACCGUGGAUGUUUCCCGUCAACCACUCGACCGCCGGGGUUCCAACACCUCCAUGGAUUCGAUGACUGACGACCCACGCAAGAAAUGGCCUCCGGUCCUGGCCUGGAAGGCAAACGGUCGGUCGCCCUUCAAGCCUUCCAAGAUGCGUCCUGGUACUCCCAACCUCCCCGACAGCACGGACUUUGUUUGUGGAACUUUGGAUGAGGAUCGUCCUUUGGAAGCCGCCUACAAAUCAUGCAUCGAGCAACGUCGUCUUUCUAAGCAAGUUCUCAUUCCCCAAGAUAUCGACCCGAGCUUCCCCACAUCAGACCCCGAGAAUCAGGAUGACCAGGAAGAGGAUGAGAUGGAGAAGUCGUUGAUGGUCGACGAAGCAGUUCGUGGGAGAAAGUCUGGAGACUUGACCCACAAAUUAUCCCCCCGUCUGUCUCCCAAGCGAAUGAUCUCUCCCCCUCCCCGUCGUCUUGGUCGCAUGUCCCCAAGACGGCUUCGGUCACCGCCGCCUCCGAUGAAGCUGAGAUCGACUCAAAGCGGCGAUAAGGCCUCGGAUGACGAGCUUCGUCGUCAAGACUCCCAAGGGGUCAACAUUAGCGAAUUGGUUCAGCGUCCACACAUGAGUCGCACCAAGUCGCUGCCUCGGACUCCCAACCCUUUCUUCAGCACUCUUGACAAGUCUCACCGGUGGUCGUCUAUUGCCACGCUGAGGGAAUCGCCGGAGCGUGAAUCGUCCCGCACCCGCGAGGUACACACCAGAGGCCCGAUCGACAUCGUCGAGGGCUUGGAGAAGAAACGCCAGAAGCGCAAGGAGAAGUUUUGGCGCCAGCACUGCCGCAAAGCUGCCAAAGAGCAGAUGGAGCGGCGACCCAUUCCCGGAAAGGGAGCUGAACGGAUGAAGGAGCUUGGCCUCGAAGUUGCUGAGAGGUGCAGAGCUUACGGUGUCGGUGAAGAUGCCCAGCUCGUCCUAUCCAUUUAG